AAUAAUAAAAUGGCAUCUUUAUCAUAAAAUCCCAGAUAACUUCCUCCCUAUUCUCUCCCUUUUAUUCACUUCAAUUUUGAGAUGUCUCUCUCAGUGUGGAAAAGAGGAAUUUUAGUAGUUCGUUUUGUCUCACUGAGGCGGCUCUCAGCCACCAGUGGAGGGAGAGAGGGCGAGCCUAAAGUGAUAGUAGUUGGUGGAGGACAUGCUGGAGUCGAAGCAGCAGCAGCUUCUGCUAGAAUGGGAAUGAAGACUGUUCUAGUUACACAGAAAAUAAAUGCAAUAGGAGUGAUGGCGUGCAAUCCUUCCUUUGGCGGGAUUGGGAAAGGUCACCUCUUGCGGGAAAUUGAUGCUCUGGACGGACUCUCACCUCGAAUCUGCGAUGUGUCCGGAGUUCAUUUUCGUGUCCUUAACCGUCGCAAAGGCCCAGCAGUUUGGGGACUGAGGGCUCAGAUUGAUAGAGAGAUAUACCAGAGGACAAUGGAGAGGGAAGUGACCAGCUUACCUGGUCUGAGAAUUGAGGAAGACAGCGUUGAUGAUAUCUGUUUCUCUUCUGAUGAUGAAGGAGGAAAGAAACGAGUAACCAGUGUUAUAUUAGGUUCAGGGAAGAUACUGCUGUGUUCUUGUGUUGUUGUGACCACAGGGACAUUCCUUAGAGGAGAAAUAAACAUUGGUCUUGAUGCUUUUCCUGCUGGAAGAAGAGGCGAAGCUCCUUCAGUCAAACUAGCAGAAACAUUCGACAAAUUAAACUUAUCUCUUGGCAGACUGAGGACAGGUACUCCUCCAAGGUUAAAUGGAGCUACAAUAGAUUACAGUGUUACAGCACCACAGUAUCCUGAUAAAGACCCAGUCCCAUUCUCAUUCCUUAAUGAAUACAAUGGAGUGACGUUAGCCAGUGAGCAAUUACUCUGUUACCUCACACAGACAAACUCACUCACUCAUCGAAUAAUAACUGAGAAUGAGCACCUCAAUAAACACAUAUUGGACGAGGUCACUCCACCAAGGUACUGCCCGUCAAUUGAGAGCAAGGUGGCUCGUUUUGGAGAUAAACCUCAUCAAGUUUGGCUUGAGCCGGAAGGUUUUGAGAGUACUACUGUGUAUCCAGGUGGAAUAUCUUGUACACUUCCUGCUGAACUGCAGCAAAAAAUGGUGAACACUAUACCAGGAUUAGAAAAUGCUGUAGUAACGUAUCCUGGAUAUGGCGUGGAGUAUGAUUACGUUGAUCCUCGUCAGCUAAAGUUGACACUAGAGACAAAACAAGUCAAUGGUUUGUUUCUGGCUGGACAGCUUAACGGGACCACUGGCUAUGAAGAGGCAGCCGCUCAAGGGAUAGUGGCUGGUAUAAAUGCUGCUUUAAAAGUAAGAGGUAGUGAUCCUUUUGUUGUCAAUCGAUCGGAGGGUUACAUUGGAGUCCUUAUUGAUGAUCUGACAACACGAGGGACCACAGAACCAUACAGAAUGUUUACCAGUCGUUCAGAGCAUAGAUUAUCAUUAAGGCCAGACAAUGCUGAUUUAAGAUUAACUGAAAAAGGUUAUAGUGUUGGGUGUGUCUCUCAGAAGAGAUUGGAUCUUGUUACUAGCAUGAAGGAUAAGCUUGAAGCUGGUUUAGAAGUAUUAAAGAAUUUCACUUUAAAUUCGUAUACUUGGAAGAAUAAGUUGAAAAUACACAUGAAUGCUGACAAAGGAACAAAGAGUGCUUUUGAUAUGCUUACAUUUGAGGAUGUGAGUAUUGCUAGAUUAGCUGAAGUUGCUCCUGAAACAUUUGGAGCUAUAGCCCAAGAUAAGCCAUUAUCACAGAGACUGGAGGUUAUUGGUCGGUAUGAUAGAUUAAUCCAAGUUCAGAGUAGAGAUCUCAUUGAUCUUCGUAAAGCUGAAUCAAUGAUCAUACCAGAAUCAAUGCCACGAGAAUUUUUUGAGACAAUAUCCUUAGAGACUAGAGAAAUACUUCAGACUGCUCAGCCACGAACAAUUGCAGCUGCCAGUAGACUCCCUGGAAUGACUCCUGCUACUGUAAUUCGUCUCAUUCACUUUGUAAGACGGAACACAAGCAAACAUACUUUAAACAAAUCGCUAUAAAUUAUAUUUAUGUACAGUAUAUAGUAAUAAUUUUAUUUCAGUUUAAUCUUCACGAAACAU